CUCGAGCCCGCGAAAUCAGUGCGACCGGAGUGCACCGCGAGGAAGGAACGCGGGUCUCCCGUGCGCGGCCUGCGGUUCCCGCUUGCGGCACGCGCGUCUCUUCCACUGGAAGCUAGAUACCGAGAGACGUUCGCGUAAAUAGGUCGCCGAAUGCACACACGAGACGGUAAACCGACUGGAACAACUGUCUAACGUUGUACGUGUAGCGGAACUGUGUUGCGAACAACGAUCCUUCGGUUCGAGUGAGAAUACGCAACCUAACCCACGAAGGGAUACAUCGCGCGGCGAAUCGGGGACGAUGAAUUCGAUCCUGACACCUAGUUCGGGUUCACGUUGAUCGAAUCGAUCCUACCCACCUACCGAGUGACCCUCGAGGAUAUACGAUUGUACAGCGGAGGGAUUCGUACCGUUUCGAGGUCGUCGAGACCUCCCAUUCGAACAUCUAAUUCGAUUCGGAUUCCAUUCUUUCGAUCGAUCCUGGCUAACUACUCGAAACGGUUACUCGACUGUUGACAGAGGGUACACGAUCCGUGAGAGAAUUGAUCGCGAAUCGGGUGCUACAAAAUUCAAUUGCGAUACCUACUUCCGGUGUGCAUCGUUUGAAUCGAUCCUAACGAACGAGCGGGCAACCGCAAUCGCAAUCGCAAUCACGAUCGCAAUCGUAAAGCGAGGAUACGUCAUCCGUGCGGGGAUUUACUAUAAAUUGGGCGGUCGAUGAAUUUGGUCCGAACAUCUAGUUUGGGUUUGUUGGAUCGAUCCCAGCAAACGACUGACAAACCGUAGAGUACGUUAAUCUUUAAGUACGCGAUUCGUGGUACGGUUCUCGCAUCGUGAAUCGGAGACAACUAAUUUCAUCCGAACACCUAGUUCGUCGAGGUUAAACGGCUGUGUAAACACCGCGGAGAAAAGGCAACUCAACUCGGCAAAUAACACACCGCGAGAAGGAUCGAGUAAAUAAUCGAGUUUCAGGCUAAUCGUUGCACCCGAUCAAAGAGUCGGUGCAACGGGGAUGUUUCGAACGGCAGAUCCUCUUGCGGAACCAUUGGAAAAAUAGAGAGGGCGAGCUACGAAUAUCCCCCGUGACGGUGGGGUGGGGGUGGGGGGGGAAGCAAAAAUACGAAUACCGCGUAAAAAAAACUCCAUUACGAAUCGAGGACGAUGAGUUUGCUCGGUACCGCACGUUGGGAUUUAAAACCUUCGAAGUGAACGGCUUACCGUGUAUCGUCCACGAUAACCAUUAGUGUAUUUAAAGUUUCAAGUUGUUUUGCAGAGAACGUUGAAAACAUGUGACGUUACCAGUGAUUCGCGAUGGUCCAAGUGACGUUGAUCUCAACGUACGCGUCAAUACGGUCCACCUGUAUCGUAGGUAUGGUUAUCGGCAGGACAGGUGUGACGUCGAAGUAAACGACUUGCAACUUCUUCGAAACAUUCGAAUCGCUCGAUGGACAAACGAAAAUCCUAAAGAAUAAAUCGACGCGAGUCUUCCUACCAGACUUGCCAUACGGAUGAUAACGUGUAAGUGUGUGCAUUUACAGAUAUAUACAUAUAUGUGUAUACAACACUAUCCCAAAGGAACAUUACGCGUUACGCGCGAAUAGCGAGACGAAUGUAACUCGAGUUGUCCCGAUCGGUACUCGAGAGGGUGGUGUCGAUCGGUUCGAAUCGAUUUCCGAUAAAUGAAUUCGGUUGAUUUCGGAUCCAGUGGUCGGAAAGACUGAAAUUAAGAAUACGAUCGAGGACGUUUUAAUCGUUCGCGAGUCGAACCUAAUUUCCUCGAUUCGUAUUUACCGGAAUAAUCGAAAAUUCGCAAUCGGAGUGUUUGGCGAGGGAUUCGGUGUCGAUUAGAAGCGGAAAAAAAACACGGCGAGAGAAACCCGUUGGAGGAAAAGGAAAAGCUUCGAGCAUCGAUCUUGUCCCUCGGUGCAGUUACCAUGACGCUGCUGGUUGGAUACGUCGAAUUGCACGCAGUGCGGAAUCGGCGGCUCGGAUGGCCCUGGAGACGCGAUCACGAUCGGCGUAGCUACAGUUAGUAGGAGUGCUCCCGGUGAGCAGCGAACGCUUCCGAGCACCCGGUGGCGGUUGUUUGCUUGAAAACGCAACGAUGACGAUCGAGAGAACAAGGACGACGUCGUUGGUAGCAACGAUGACGCCAACGCGCGACAGGACUGCGAACGUUGGGUCUUCCCUACGGAAUGCACGAGGCCGAUCGAACGCCUCCCGAUACAUCCAACUUUUAUGUGCUUUUUCCACGUUAAUUCGAUUCGAUUCGAUUCGAUCGCGCGGACGAUAAGACGUUUUAAGUAAAGUAAAAUAAAAUAUAGCAAAAUAGAGUCAAGUAAAAUACAACAACGGGGGAAGACGACGGAGAAGAAAGAGAAGCAAAUGAAGAUUUAGAAAAAUAAUAAAAAAAAAAAAAGAAACGAAGAAGGGGCCAAUUUCGCAAUUCUUCCAUUCGCAAAAAAAUACACUAGAACCCGAGAAAGCACUCGAGUCGAAGGAAUUUUCUCCAGAUGGACUGCUGCAACUACGUCGAGGCUUACGCGGGAGGGCGUCACUUUUAUCAGCAGCAACACUACUUUUGCUACGAUAACGCGAACGCUGUCUACAACGGCUACGAACCGCCACCGAUCCCCGCUGCGAUCGAGACUGGUGCCCGAUAUAACGGACCGCUUACACCUGCCUACCCCACAGAUUACGUGUACAAUCCAAAGGAGGCGAGACUGCGGAAGGCUAUGCGUGAACAGAGUCGCGAGCUGUCGAGACGGUCGAUUCUUCAGAGCGCGAUCGCUCGAGCAGGUGUGAUCGCUGGCCCUGUCGGCGUCGGCGUAGCUUCUGCCGGUUUUCUGGAUCACCAACACCGUUUUAGUUGCGUGUCCACCGCUGGGGUACCGAUGAACGCGGUCGUGGAUUCCGAACGUGCCGCGGAGCCGUGGUUCCAGUCAACGCAACGACCGAAACCGAUUCACUCGCCGCGAAUGUCCGAUUGGUACGGCACCGUUGCCGAUCCGAUCGAGAGACUGCAAGUGAUGGGCUCGAUGCAUCAUCGCGGUCUAGAUAAGUGCAAGGACUUGAGCAGGAAUCAGAUCGCAAGCAAUGUAGCGACUGCGGCGGCGGCCGCCGCUGCCGCCGCCGCCGCCGCCGAGUGCGGUGGUGCGUUUUCCACCGGCGGAUAUCCGCCCGUUAAUUUCACCGAGAUAAAUCGGGAACGAGAGUUACGCCGACAGGAAAACAUGACGGAGUAUGGUGAAUUCACGGACGGCCAAAAAUGGCAUCCUUACCAAAACGGUGCAAGUUCUCAUCAGCAUUCGAGGACAUCACACCCAACGCAAAUAGGUGGUAUUCUUCAUCCAAACGUUCAGAGUCCGAGUUCGCAUGGACAUGGUCACGGACAUGGACAUGGGCAUGGACAUGGACAUGGACAUGGACAUGGACCGUGGGGCCAAUUUUGUCACGGGGUAUUAUCGCAUGUCCCGGCUACGCCGCGAAGUAUCGGAGUUCGCGGGCCACGGCAUACCGUUCUCCUACGGGAUCGUCUGCCCGGUAGACAUUGCGGAUUUCCGGAAGAAACGACACGGUUGCCGUACGCUUCGAAUAAACUUGAAAACGUGCAGGCCUCGUACUCGUCUCCCGAUCAUCAGAUACCAAGACUGCUCGAAUCAUCGGUCGACUCGGUUGUGGAUUCCGCGCUCUCGUUAAGGACUCGUCGAGAAGAUGAAGGGCCUAGGUGGGAGCCAAAUUCCGUCAACAAUGAAAUCUCUAUGGAUAACUUGGCGCCGACAACGGAAUCGAGCGUAUCGCGCGAAAAGGAGCGCGAGCUCCAACGAUCCGCAGAGAGGGUCGAGUCGAAGAAGAAGAGCGUCAGUAAGCAACCGUUGCCUGGAUUUCAUCAGGCAUUCGGCUCGACGGAAAUCGGCAGGUUCUCCAGAUCGGAGUUCUUUGUGAACAUGGUCGGCGAGAGCGGCGCCGGCGGUAGCGUGGAAGUCGCCGACACGGAGAGCACCGAGAACGUAAGUAUAAGUACAGAUCGAAUAUCGGAUGGCAACGGACCGGGAGCCGGAGCCGCGGUGACAGCUGCAACUGCAACGCACGACACGAGCGCGGUUACCGCAACGGCGAGAACGACGGUGAGGUCCUUCGACACCGACGAUAACGAGGAAGGAGGAUUCGACGAUUCGAGCAACGAGCUCGUUGGCGUCGGCGUCGGCGUCGCUUCAACGUCUAUCGGCAUAGGCAUGUACCGUACAGGCGGGCAGCCUGCUAACUCUACCCCUCGUUGGCACAGUCCUCACCUAGGGGUUAUAGGUAGCGAAAUUUAAGCGAAUCUUCGAACCUUUCCUGGGCUAAAGUAUUUCUCCUUCAAACUAUGUAUAUCUUUCGCUCAUUCUCAGAACUACAAGUAUCAAGGUAAAUUGGCGUGACAUGAACAUAUAGUGGGUGUAGACAAUAUUCGUACAUCGAUCAAUUUCCAAAAAAAAACUAUGUAAAAUUGUAAUUUAUUAACUUAUUUUUUAUAAACAAUGACAUUCUACAUAUUCUUAGAAAUAUUAGGUUGUCCAGAAAGUUCGUGUCAAUUUUUAAGAAAACUUCAAACGCACAUUUGAAUUGUAACAUAUAUUUAUUGAAUUACAUAGGUACCAUGUUGUUCCACAAACUUUCUACCUUUUAAGGGAUGUACAUAUACAUAUAUAUAUAUGUUAUUUGUUUUCAGCCAUUUCGAUAGAUUCAGACCCUCACUACCUAUCGAGAAUCGGCAUGGACUUUCCAGACAACCCAAUAUCUAGAAUAGAUAGAUUAUAAAAAAAAAUAGCUAUUUAUGUAAGUUGCGAAAUUAACAAAAAAAAAAAAAAUUAAUCGAUAGAAACGUUGAAGCAAUAAGUAUUCGCACAAAUGUUUAAUUUUUAAAACUUGAUUAAAGAAAAAAGAAAUUUACAUUCAUUUACAAGUAUAUAAUACUUCCUUCAUAAAUUUCCUUUUGAUUUUAUAAUUAUUGCAACUCUUCUAAGCAUUAAAUUAUUUAAAUUAUUAGUUAUUCGAAGUGGGAUCUUCUUCAAUUCCUCUAUUAAAGCCAUUUUUAAAAGUAUUGGGUUGUCCGGAAAGUUCAUAUCGAUUUUUGGUAGGUGGUACAGGUCUGAAUAUACGAAGUGGUUGAAAACAACAUGCAUACAUCCCUCAAAGGGUGGAAAGGUUGUGAAACAAAAUGGCACCUACGUAAUUCAAUAAAUAUAUAUUAAAAUUAAACGUUUUUCUGAAUGUUUUUUAGAAAUUGGCACGAACUUUCUCGACAACCUAACUACAGUGGAAUGGUUACUGGAUACUUUACUGGAAAUUUGAUUUUUUCUAAUUCGUACGGAGCAAUAAACUAAUGCGUUUACCGUUACAAACUCUACUGUAAAUGGUUCGUCAUACGAAUCGUACAAAUACUAAUUGCUUCUAUAUUUCUACCGAUUUUUCGUCGUUUCUUGUUAAUUUCGCAAAUUAUAUAAACUAGUAAUUGUUAUUUGAACUAUAUAUUGUAAAGAUUUCCGAGAAUAUGUAUAAUAUCAUUGAUUAUAAAAAAAAAGAAGUUAAGGAACAACAAU